AUGGCCUCCCAAGCCAAGGGUCAGGCUGGAGCAGCAGGCAGCCGCCUCCCCUGCAGAGAUGGAAGCGAUGUGGCCACCGACGCCUCUACUGGCGACCGAAACGGUCCAGCUCCCGAAGAAGCCGUCAAGAUCAUCGACAUCUCCAAAGAGGGUAAGGAGGAAGACGACGCCAUACUCAAGACAAGCUGCCGCAAGAAUAAAGAGGAGAUGAGGGAGGCGUUCCGGGUCUUCGACGAGGACGGCGACAGCUACAUCUCCGCGGCUGAGCUGCAGGCCGUGCUCGCGCGGAUGGGGCUGCCGGAGGCUGGGUGCAUGACGCGGGUGCGCGACAUGAUCGCCGCUGCCGACCGAGAUAGGGACGACCGCGUUGACUUCGACGAGUUCGAGGUCAUAUGGCCGGUGGCACUGAUGUCUAGUUAA